AACUCCCUUCCUGACACAGGGCUGUUUUCUGCUCACUUUCGUUUCUGUGCUAGAAGUGGAAGUUACAUAGGAAACUUGUACUGAGGACAAAUAUAGAAUAACUUGCUGUGUACGUCUCUUACUGCAGAGAGUGGAGGAUUGCAAGUUCCUGUAUCUCAGAGCAGAUUCAGAGGAGAUUGGGUCAUAGCAUGUAAAGACAGAUAUAAUGAAAAGACGAAGUUCUCAUCACUUGUCUGGGUUAUAGAAAUUACUAGAAUUACCUAAGAAACGUGGAGAACACAAAGGCAAACUAAAAACUAUCCACUAAAUAAAAUCUUCAACACAAAUUAUGGACCCAGCACCAUCAGUCCACCCAGAGGAGAAACAAAUUCAACCGAAUUUACAGCAAGCAUUAUAUGGUAAUGAACCUCUGAAUAAGCAACCAACUAAUUCAGCACAGCUAACCUCCGAGGUUCCUCAGCUCUCACAUGACCAUACAUCUGUAAAUUCUAAAUUAUGCCAUGAUGAUCUUCGUCCCUCAAAUGGAAAAGAAGGACAUCAUCUAAAAUCUUCAGUGGAUGGAAAACAAGAAAUCACUGAUAAUAUAAUUGUUCAAUCAGAAGUAAUGACAGAACAACUCGCCAAAGACCUAGAAGAAAUAAAUAUCUCACCUGAGAAAAAAAAUCCCGCCACUGAAACCCCAACUUCAACCUCAUCAGAGCCAUAUGUUGAUAAACACAAAGUAACUGCUGACACAAUGACACAAGCAUCUGGCACAAAGGAUCCAGAACAUCCCGCCAUUGAAAAAACAACUCAAUACUUCCCAGACCUCAUUGUUGACAAAGGCAAAGCAACUCCUGAUACAACGACACCAGUAUCUGGUGCAAAUGAGCCAGAAGAGUCUGCCAUUGCAGAACCAACUUCAUACUCCCCAGAGUCAUCUGCUGAUAAAGACAAAGCAACCGCUGACACAGCAACUCCAACAUCUGGUGCAGAGGGUCCAGAACAUCCAUCCAUUGAAAUCCCAACUUCAACCUCAUCAGAGCCAUAUGUUGAUAAACACAAAGUAACUGCUGACAUGAUGACACAAGCAUCUGGCACAAAGGACCCAGAACACCCUGCCAUUGAAAAGACAACUUCAUACUUCCCAGAGCUCAUUGUUGACAAAGACAAAGAAACUGCUGACACAACAACACCAGUAUCUGGUACAGAUGAGCCAGAUGAGUCUGCCAUUGCAAAACCAACGUCAUACUCCCUAGAGCCAUCAGCCGAUAAAGACAAAGCAACUGCUGUCACAACAACACCAGCAUCUAGUGCAAAGGGGCCAGUACAGCCUAUCAUUGAAAAGCCAACUUCAUACUCAAUAGAGUCAUCUGUUGACAAAGCAACUCCUGACACAACGACACCAGCAUCUGGUGCAAAGGUUCCAGAACAUCCUGUUAUUGAAAAGCCAACUUCAUACUCCCCAGAGCCAACUUUUGACAAAGAUAAAGCAACUGCUGACACAGUGACACAAGUGUGUGACACAAAAAGCCCAGAACACCCUGCCAUUGAAAUGCCGAUUUCAUACUCACCAAAGCCAUCUGCUCAUGAAGACAAAGCAACUGCUGACACAACGACACCAGUAUCUGGUGCAAAGGGCCCAGAACACCCUACCAUUGAAAAGACAUCUUCAUACUCACCAGAGCCAUCUGUUAAUAAAGGUGAAGUAACUGUUGAAACAAUGACACCAGCAUCUGGUGGAAAGGAGCCAGAACAUCCUGCCAUUGAAAAUCCAAUUUCAUACUCAUCAGAGCCAUCUGUUGACAAAGACAAUGCAAUGGCUGACACAGCAACACACGUGUGUGGCACAGAGGGGCCAGAAAAUCCAACAUCAUCUUCACCAGAGCCAUCUGUUGAUAAAGAUGAAAUAACUGAUGACACAACAACACCAGCGUCUUGCGCUAAGAAGCCAGAACAUCCUGCCAUUAAAAAGUCAACUUCAAACUCAUCAGAGCCCUCUGUUGACAAAGACAAUGCAACUGCUGACACUGUGACACAAGUGUGUGGCACAAAGGGGCCAGAACAUCCUGCCAUUGAAAAGCUAUCUUUAUACUCAUCAGAGCCGUUUGUUAAUAAAGACAAUACAGCUGCUGACACAACGACACCAGCAUCUGCUGCUACGUAUAUAAAACAAUCUGUCGUAAGAAAAAGAGUCCCAGAAAGGCUGGGGGAGAUCCAUGAAGCGAAACAACCCACUGACAGAUCAUCAUCCCCUCUAGUAGAUAAAAAAGAGAGUAUAAACAUACACGCUACGUGGAGCAUGUUGGUACCAAGUGUUAUUGGUUUUAUUGCAGUUAUUGUGGUUAUCUAUAUCUGCUUAUGGAGAGGACCCACAGAAUCUUCAGGUUCCAGCAGCUCAGUCCUGCAGAUUUUCCAAGAUGAGUUCAAUAGCCUCAAAGCUGAUUUCCCUGGACAGAAGGACGAUUUGUGGUUGAGAAGUGGAAAAAUGUUGAAGAAUCAUCUGAACAAGUCCGAACCACUUGAACCUGCUACGUUCAUUCUCACUGCAGCCCAAGAUGGGGAACACACUUUACGCUGUUUAAGUGACCGCCUAGCAAGUACCUAUGCCAUUUCCCACAAUGCUAGGCAUUUGAUGGUUCAUGGACCCUCUAUGGCUAAAUUUGAUGGUGUCCCUACAAAACUGCUGAUAGAUGAAGAGCUUACUGCAGGGUUUGAAUCUACCGCUCGUGCAGCAGUCUUUUACCGCAUAGAGACCCUGCCCCCUAGUUCCUUACUCAUCCUUUACAAAUAUUGUGAUCAUGAGAAUGCUGCCUUCAAGAAAGUGGCACUAGUGCUCACAGUGCUCUUGGAUGAUAAAUCACUGAACACAGACAUGUCCCUCACUGAACUGGAAGAGAAAGUGAAAGAUUUCAUAUGGGAACGAUUCAUUAGCUCAGACAGCAUCCGAUCGCACCACGAGCUAGACAGUGAUAAGCUGAGUGGGGUGUGGAGCCGCAUUUCGCACCUUGUUCUUCCUGUUCUGCCUGUAGACUCCAUCGAGGCUGGAAACUGUCCUCGGAACCAGAUGGAAGAUAAAUAAAGAUCGCAGAUUUGAGACUAUAAAACAGGGAUGGGGAACCUUCGGCCCUCCAGCUGUUGUUGAACUACACAUCCCAGCAUGCCCUGCAACAGUUUUAGCAUGGCCAUAUAGCAAAACUGUAGCAAGGCAUGCUGGUAUGUGUAGUUCAACAACAGCUGGAGAGCCAAAGGUUCCCCAUCCCUGCUAUAAAAGAUAGUGGUGAACUGGCCAAAAGGACUUCGAUUAAUCUAAGUGUGCCUUAACUUACAUAAAGAACAUCACAUAAAAUGGUUACCUAUCUGUCAAAUCCGCAUAUCUCAAAGCGUUCAAGCAGUUGAACUAUGACCUGCUGAACAAGCAAUUGAAAAGGAGACUACGAUGCACUUUUUUCAAGAAAUUUGCUUAUUUGCACUAUUACAACUUGAUCAAAGGAGCUGUUUUACAUCAUCAUCAUCAUCAACCAAUAAGGUUCCAUGUAAUAACUACAUUGUAUAGCAAUUAUGAUUGUUUUUUUUUAAAGGGAAACAUUAUAGAAUCAAUUCAGCUUUUAGAAAUAUUUAAUCAUGUAUAAUUAAGACAUGAACAGGAGAAAAUGAAUGUACUGAAAUAAUAUAUUUUAAAAUUAGCUUUUGUACUUUAGCAUUCAAUUUAAAGUAAACAGGUAAUUGUAAUUAAUUGUUAUUAACAAAACUUUGUUUUCUUACGUAAAUGUUUCUUGCAAUAUUGAGUGCAAAGCUAAUGAACCUGUGUCUCUGGGUUGCGGAGCUGCAGGUUCUGGCAGGGCACACUGAAACAUUUAGCUCCACAGUUGGUGAUCCAGAACUAGCCCAAGCCAAGUUUACAUCCACUAAUAGGAGGCUCUUUCCCCUGUACUGGACAGAUAUGGGUUUGGUGAUAUGUCUACCACUCUCUAUGAAGACAAAAAUACAGGAAAAAAAUAAAUUUCCGUCCUAGUGCUGCAAGCUCUAUCUAAUGGCUGCUAGGUGUUACCAAUCUUAAUUUGUCUUUCUCUGCGUUUGGAGCUCAGUGUGUAGCACUGGGGCACAAUUCUGUUCAACACUGUAACAUGUGCAAUGCCGCCCUUCAGCCUGACAAUGACACUUCUAGGCUGCUACUUCUUCCACAACCAUUGGCUUGGGUCAAAACUUGAAAAUGAUUAUUCUACGCGCUCUUAUUUGGAGAAAUUGGGGAAGCCUGGAAUAUUAGAAUCUAGAAGGAGUAAAUUUGAGUAUUCCUCUCUCAAAUCUGAUGUUAUACAAGUGUGAAGUUGGUGUGGAGAGCCAAAAUCCUCACACUCCAUCCAACAUCAGAUUUGUUCAUUGUUUACCAAAUGUAUUCAUUUUAGCCGGAUUUAUUGUGCAAUAUUUUAUAAAGUGGGGUAAGGCCAAAUAUCCGUCCCAGAGUCAGCCGUUCGUUAGCAGGCUGUAGUGCACCACAUAAGUUAGUGUUGUUUCUAGCUUUCUAUACUAUUUACAUCUGUAAUAGGAUUAUUAUUAUUAUCAUCAUUUAUUUAUAUGGCGCCACAUGGGAUCUGCAGCGCCAAAUUACAGCGUAAAUAAAUAAGCAAAAUGUGAA